AUGGGAGCAGGGGGACUGAGCAGCAGCUUGUCCCCUCUCCUGCACAGUCGGCUGCGAGCCCUGGGAGCAGCAGGCUCGGCGCGCAGACCAGCCCGGGACGGAGCCGGGCGCCGUGUGAGCCUCGGGAGGGUCGCGGGGCGCGGGGGCCGGUCGGGGCCAGCCGGCCAGGCCGCGCCACCCUCCCCCGCCCCGCCGCGCCCUGGCUCCGGCGCCCGCGGAGCUGAGACUGAGCGCGCCAGCGCUCCGGGGCCGAGGCUCUGGGACAGACACCGCGAGGGAGGCGGCCGGCGUGGGCUCUCGGCGCGGACGCAGCGCCCCUUCCUCUCGGCGGCCGGAGAGGAGGUGAAGAAGAGGCCGAGGAGACAGGCACGCGGCGGACGUGAGAGAAGGACGCGGGUGCAGCUCCCCGGGGUCGCCGAGCCCCCCUCCUCCUUCGCCUGGCGCGGCGGCACCGCGGGAGUGGGGGAGUCUGGGCUGCCGCGGAGGACCCCAACUGUUGCUGCUGGAAGCCACCGGGGCGGAGGGCGGGGAACAGGUCUGCUGGGCACCUGCUGCACACUUGCCUCGGCGCCCAGACCCCUUCCUCCGCCGAGGCGUGGCGCGGGUCCCCGCCCGGAGCCGCCGCCGCCGCCGCCGCAUCGCGAGUGUCCUUGA